AGCUCGGACGAUCAUGGUGGUGAGACUGCGCCUGGCCCGCUGGGGCCGCAAGGACCUGCCCUUCUACCGCAUCGUGGCCGCGGACGCGCGCGCCCCGCGCGACGGCAAGCACCUCGAGAUCCUCGGCACGUUCAACCCCAUCGCCGCCAGCGACGGCGUCAAGGAGCUGCGUGUGAACAGCCAGCGCGUGCGCUACUGGAUGUCGGUGGGCGCGCAGCCCUCGGACCGCGUGGCGCACCUCCUGGGCCUGGCCAACGUGCUGCCCAUGCCGCCCACCCGCCAGUACAUCAAGAAGAGCGUGCCCAAGAAGGACCGCGAGUAGACAGAACGCCGAGGAGCAAAUGGCAGAGAGGGAGAUGGGCAGCAGUAGAUGGCUACACGGAGAGAUACAUGUAUUUUCACAUAAAGUCUCUUUGUGUCUA